UGGCGUGUGCGCGCGCGGGGCUGAUAGUUGGUCUCCUUUCUCUCACAAUCCCUGAGGUGGAUUCGGCAGAGUUAGUACGCAGCGUGGCUGUCUGAUCUUUGAUCCCGCCCAGAACACUUAAGUUUUGCUUGGCAAGACUAUAUAAUAUUGAUUGUAUCUGCAAGUCUAAAAAUAAUGGAGACUGAACAACAAGAGGAGACCUUUACUAACACAGAAACCAAUGGUAAGCUUACUUUUAGGCAUAUUGAAGAGGAACAGGCCUUCAAAAGGUCUAGGAACACUGAUGAGAUGGUUGAACUGCGCAUUCUGCUUCAGAGUAAAAAUGCUGGAGCAGUGAUUGGCAAAGGUGGCAAAAAUAUUAAGGCGCUUCGUACAGACUACAAUGCCAGUGUUUCAGUCCCAGACAGCAGUGGCCCCGAGCGCAUACUGAGUAUAAGUGCAGACAUUGAAACAAUUGGAGAAAUUCUGAAGAAAAUUAUCCCUACUUUGGAAGAGUACCAGCAUUACAAAGGAAGUGAUUUUGACUGUGAAUUAAGGUUGUUGAUUCACCAGAGUUUGGCUGGAGGAAUUAUUGGUGUCAAAGGAGCUAAAAUCAAAGAACUUCGAGAGAAUACUCAAACAACCAUUAAACUUUUCCAAGAAUGUUGUCCUCAUUCUUCUGACAGAGUGGUGCUAAUUGGUGGAAAGCCUGAUAGAGUUGUGGAAUGCAUCAAAAUAAUACUGGAUCUUAUAUCAGAGUCACCAAUCAAAGGACGUGCACAGCCUUAUGAUCCAAAUUUCUAUGAUGAAACAUAUGACUACGGUGGAUUUACGAUGAUGUUUGAUGACAGAAGGGGCCGCCCUGUAGGCUUUCCAAUGCGUGGCAGAGGUGGCUUUGACCGAAUGCCUCCAGGUCGUGGUCGUCCCAUGCCUCCAAGAAGAGAUUAUGAUGAUAUGAGUCCUCGCAGAGGACCUCCUCCUCCUCCUCCAGGCCGUGGCGGUAGAGGUGGCAGCAGAGCUCGCAAUCUUCCUCUUCCUCCUCCUCCUCCUCCCAGAGGCGGGGACCUCAUGUCUUACGAUCGAAGAGGCAGACCUGGUGAUCGCUAUGAUGGAAUGAUGAUGCAGUGUCACGUCAAUGCCUGUGAUGACAUAGAAACACCAGAAAUGUUUGAAGGUGGAUCAGGAUAUGACUAUUCUUAUGCAGGGGGCCGUGGAUCUUACGGUGAUCUUGGUGGACCCAUCAUUACAACACAAGUAACAAUACCCAAAGAUUUGGCUGGCUCUAUCAUUGGGAAAGGAGGUCAGAGGAUCAAACAGAUACGUCAUGAAUCAGGAGCAUCAAUCAAAAUUGAUGAACCCUUAGAGGGUUCAGAAGAUCGGAUUAUAACUAUUACAGGCACGCAGGAUCAGAUUCAGAAUGCACAGUAUUUACUGCAAAACAGUGUGAAGCAGUAUGCAGAUGUUGAAGGAUUCUAAUGCAAGAUAUUUUUUCUUUUUUAUAGUGUGAAGCAGUAUUCUGGAAAGUUUUUCUAAGACUAGUGAAGAACUGAAGGAGUCCUGCAUCUUUUUUUUUUCUUAAAUCUGCUUCUGUUUAAAAAGCCAACAUUCCUCUGCUUCAUAGGUGUUCUGCAUUUGAGGUGUAGUGAUAUUUUUGCUGUCACCAGAUGUAAUGUUUUAGUUCUUCAUAAAUAGGUGGGAGGGAGGGGGGUGGCUUGCGAAACUAACAUUGGUAUUUUGAAACAGCAGCAGAGAAAGUGGAUUUUAUUUUUGUUCUAUGUUGGUUGUAAACUGUAAUGUUUUUUUCCCCUGUAACUUGUGAACCACCUGCUUUAUACUUUUUCAUUUUGAAGUGGGGAAGGGUUCUAGUAGACCACUUUACUCCUGGAAUCCAUGCAGAGCAGUGUGCAGAAUGUAAUGCUCUUUUGUAAGUUGUUUCAUGAUUUUAAAAAUAAAUUUAGUGAACCAAUUCUUGCAGUUAUUUCUUUAUAUAUAUUUAACCAUUACACCAUUUAUCGAGCUUGGCUUUUUUCUAUACCAUGGAAGCAGAACACCCAGUUUCAGUGUUUUGGCUAAUUAGGAUUAUUGAUAGUGCAUUGACUCCAAAGUUUGGUAUAUGUGAGGAAACUAAACAAUAUUAGAAAACCGUUUUAGCUUUGUUACUUCAGGCGUAUGCCCUCAUUGUAUUGCAACAUGUUAGUUUGACUCAAUAAAAUCUUGCAAAGCUUUGGUUUGUCAUGGAAUAGCGAGUACUGUAGAGAAUACCUGAAGCUUAGUCAUUUCCAGCCUUGGCAAUUCUGCCCAUAUCUGACUGUAACUUGUUAAAUAUGUUUCCAUUGUAUAAAGACUUGAAUGAAACAAUUGUAUUUCUUUCCUGUUUGUUGAUUUGCAUAGGAAACACUUGUGCAAAAUCAAAAGAAUUUCUGGAUGUUUUCAUGUAAAAAAUCUCAGCAUUUGUUCUGAUAGUUUACAAGUUAUUUUUCUUGAAUAAAUGUUAUAUCAACACCCAGCUGGAUGUGACAGGUCCAGUUUUCAA